AUGUCUGCACCUCAAGAUAUGCCAGAAUUGCAACAGUUGUACAAUAAAUUACAAGACUUAUACCCUGAAGCUCUUCAGUUUUUGAAAGUGAAGAUAAAUCAAAUGAGGAAGCAAUCCCAGGGACAACCGAAUGUACAGCAACAACCAAAUGCACAGCAACCUCGUUCAACAUCACAGUCUACUCAACCUCCAUUCAGCAACUCACAAAUACCACAACAAAUGCAGCCCUCUCCAGCGAUUAUGAACAACUCGAUGCUUAAUAAUGUAGCAAGUAAUAAUUUUCAAAAUAUGGGCCCAAAAGAUAUGCCUCAAAAUUUCAUGCAACAGCUGCAGCUUCAACAACAAGGUCGACAACAAUCCCAGCAACAUAUACCAUCAAAUUUCAAUCCGCAAGCUGCUAACAAUAGCUUUGCUAUGAGUAUGGGUCAACAGCUGCAGCCACAACAGCCCUCCAUGCAAGGAAUAUCUCCACAACAAAUCUUACAACAGAUGAAUGGUACGCCAUCUAAUAAUAAUGCCCAGCCUUUGAAUGAUACUUCAAAUAUGGACUUCUUCUAA